AUGCAGUCCGACGAUCUCUUCCUCCGCAAAAUGCGGACCCCCUUGUCCCGGCAGCCYCCUCCCCUUGGCCCACCCUGCCCUGCCGGGGGGGUCCCAUCGCCGCCCCCCUCCCCGGGCAGAGCCGCCCCUCGGGGUCGCAGCAGCAGCGAGGCCGCUUUGGGGAGAUCCCCGCUGAAAGAUGGGGAGGGGUCCCCGGCUUUGGGGUCCCCCCGAAACCGCACCCAAAGCCACGAGGAGGCUGCGGGCGGGGGGCUCAGCCCCGCGUCCCCCCGUUUUCACGACCCUUUGCUGCUGCUGGGGCUGGCGGCCGGCGGGGGGGACCCCGAUUUCUUCCCCCGCCCACCCUGGAGCCCCCUCCUCGCUCAUUACGACGUGCAGAGCAUCCUCUUCGACCCCAGCGAGCCCCCCCCGGGACCCCCCAGCCUCACCUCGGGGGCUUCGGCCGCUCAUUUGGAGCCCGAGGAGACCCCCGGCUCCCCCCGCGCCGCCCCCGACCCCGAGGCGUUGGUGCUGAGCUGCCCCCGUUUCUGCUGCGAGAUUGGAGGGGAGCGGGAAAUGGGUCUGGGGUCUCCCCAAAGCCCCCCCGGGCCCGGGCAGCUGCCGAACGCGGCGGUGGCGGUGUUGGAGGAGCCCCCGGCGGGGGCGCGACCCCCGCACCCCAUCGAGCACAGCGAUGAGGGAGCCGAGUAUUACCGCAAAUAUUUCUAUGGGAAAGAACACCACAAUCUGCUGGGCGAGGACCCCCGGCUGGGGCCCGUGGCCGUGUCCGUGCGGCGCGAGGAGAAGGAGGGACCCCGGCCCCAAGUGCUGCACAGGAUCAUCCUGCGGACCUGCCAGGUGAGGAGCUGA